AUGGGAGCGAAGAGCGAAAUGCGUGCAUGUCUCUUCUAGGAUUUAACUUUUGUACAUUUUUUUCUGCAGUCUCGCGUUGAUGUCAUUGAUUCUCUCAUUUUUACUGUUCUUAAAUACUUAGUUGCCCUGCUGCACGUAACUCAAAUCUACGUGAAUACUUUUUGACUCCUAUUUGCAGGUAUGAUAAUUCAUGUGGGUCAGUGAAUAACUGAAGUACCCUUGAAAGAUGAAGACUAGUGCCAAGGAUGAACCGGUAGCAUCUACCUCCAGUGCACCUGUGGCAUCUACAUCUAGCAGUAUAAAACCUUCGACUUCCACCGGAGAUGAAAUUCAAGAAGGGAUAAAGAGGAAGACCUUCAAUUUACGAAGUCGUUCAGCCAAACCAAAAGAAGCUUCCUCAGCAAACCAGCAAAUUAAACUAGAAAGUUCCGCAACAACACUCCUUUGGACAGAUGUUGAAAAGCUCAAUCUGAUAGACAGUCUGUACAAAUAUGGAGUUGAGUCAAGACGCACUUACAACUGCCUCCCACAGAAGACAGAAGAACAGAUCAAGGGUUUUCUCAGGACUCGACAGCGUCUGGCUCGUGUGAAAAAGCAGAUUCGUAUCAAUCAGUCAACCAAACGAAAAAUGAGGCUAGAGACAUGGGGUGUAGACCAAAAUCUAGUGACUCCCCUCGAGGAGUGGGUCAAAUAUUUUUUUGCGAAACGAGCCGAUAGUGAAGCCCCAUCAGGGGUUAGUCCUGCGUUAAUGAUGCAGCUCCUGCCCACUACUUUUCUCAUUUUAUCACUCUUCGAGGCACAUCCUGAUCCCAAAGACUGCAAAGGAAUCAAUUAUAGAGAAGUGUACGAGUUCCUGUAUACAAUCACGAAAGGAAAUCCCAUCAAAAUGCUCCCAAAAGCCACUGCCAAUUUCCUUUUCAAAGCCUUCUAUGACUCCAGUAAAUUUUAUAAGGAUGCUGCCCUGACCAAUGAGUCCGGCUAUUUAAACGCUGUGACAAAUUCAAUUGUUGAAAAAACUUCAGCUGAACCAUCAGAUACAUCGGUGAUUGAAAAACCAACCAAGUUCAAGACGUACCCAGGAAAAAGGAAACAUCCUUCGGUCAGUGAAAAGGAUGAGGCAAUUCCAGAAUUUGUAUCAAAAUUAAUGAAGAUUAAUGCUGUGAAUCCGAUCCAAAUUCCUCCAAAAUAUUUUCAAGUACCAAGGCUCAGCAGUGAACCUAACAAGAUUAUACCACGGCACGUUCAUGCAGAGCGACGGAAAUUGCAAGAAGUAGAAAAGUCUAUUUCGCUCCCUUUUUUCAAUGAUUAAAAUCAUGUGUCCUCUUUUCUUUUUUAAUUCGUGAAGUGCACUGAGUACAACUUCUAUUCCUGAACCAUAUUUCUUCAAGAGGAGAUGCAAAUCUUGUUACUUUAGAGUUAAGAUUCCUACCCUUUUUGCCUUUAGCUUAUUUUAAGCUCCGAAUUACCUUUUAUAUUGUUUUCGUUUUAUGAUACUUGACUGAUACUAUUGAUUCUUUAUAAUAAAUUGUUCCUCAAAUCAA